UGUUUUGAUGUUGGCUAAACUACGUAGUUUUUGUUUUGCUUUCUAUGCGUAAACAAAAACAUUUUACUAGCUGGACUGAUUUAAAUUAUAGUCUGCUGCAGUAGUUAGUCCGGCUAGCAUAUAUAAUGCACAUGUUCUUAAAAUGUUUACGAAAUAUUCCAUUUAAGCUUCACCAUUGUUUCACUUUACAAAGCCGAAGUUUUUCCAUCACCGGUACCGGCUCAAUGAGUGAGAUGAGUGCCCCACAGCCCUUGAAAAAACAGCGCAACUCAAAUAGAAAUAUUAUCUUCAGGCCAGAAGACACAGAAGAUGAUUUUAACGAACAUGCUUGCAAGAAAGUUUAUGAAAAAAUCAACAAUGAAAACAAUUUUGUGGUAUGUGUUGAAGGCAACAUAAGCUGUGGGAAGACAACUUUAUUGAAUUACUUCAAAGACAUACCUACUUGUGAGGUAAUAAUAGAACCAGUGGAGAAAUGGAGAAAUGUAAAUGGUUUUAAUGCAUUGGAUCUUAUGUACAAAGAUCCACAGAGAUGGGGAAUGGCCCUCCAGACAUACAUACAGCUAACCAUGUUGCAGUCACACAAAAAUUCUCAGAAUGCUCCAGUUAAACUUAUGGAAAGGUCCAUAUACAGUGCCAAAUAUUGCUUUGUGGAUAAUCUCUAUAAAAGUGCCAAAAUGCCUGAGAUAGAGCAUAUCAUUCUCACUGAGUGGUUUAAUUGGAUUAUAAAGACACAAAACAUCAAAGUAGAUCUGUUUGUAUAUUUGCGGACCAACCCUGAGUUACUUUAUUCCAGAAUAGUAAAACGAUGUCGUAAUGAAGAGUUAAAAAUUUCAUUGGAUUACUUAAAGACAUUACACCAGUUGCAUGAUGAUUGGUUAAUUCAUAAAAAGUAUGAUGUCCCUGCUGAAGUUUUGGUUAUAGAUGCCAACAGUUCCAUUGAAGAGAUGCAGAUUUCGUAUGAAAAACACAAAAACAGAAUAGUAGCGGUUCAUACCAGCUGAGAUCUAGGCAGCAGUUGAUGUUUUUGACAUAUAUCAGUCUAGUGAUUUCUGUCAUGAGAAGGCCUGCAUGUUUUUGUGACAGACAUCAGCCAUCUGAUUUUUGUCAAAAGUACAAAUUUGUGUCCUGAAUUGUUUAGUCUCAGGGGAGACAAAUCUGUAUUUACAUAAAUGGAUCCAAUUAACCACAAGAUUUGUCCAUUAAAUGUAGCAUUUAAAAAACAGUAGAAAGUCAUUUUCAGCUUUCAGAAGUUUUCCCCCUCUAUAAGAAUGUGCCAUAUAUGAUAUAUAAAAUUAUUUUUGAAAAACACAAACUAAAACACAUUGAUGAAUUUCUUCCCUUUUCAGCCUAGCAGAAAGUCUUCAAGGCUGUAUCAAUAGUUUUUCAAAAUAAUUUAUUUCUAUUAUUUAUUUGGACAUAAAUGCUGAUCAUAAAAGAUUUAUUUUGCACCAACAAAAUGUAUUGAUACAUUAUUCAUUAAUAUAGUCUCACAUUUGAGGGCAUUGAUUGUCACUUUUAUUCUGUAAUGCAUACUUUACAUUUACCUUUUUUAUUCACAAAAUUGCUGUGUGGGCAUAAUUGCAUUAGCAAGCUGCAAUAAUUUUUUGUAUUGUACGUACUUCUUUGGCAUUAAAAUAUGGAUAUUUUUUUGGCAUUAAAAACCCAUUAAGUGUGUCAUUUUCAUUACUGUAAUUAAUGUUUUAUUUAAUGAUUAAACCCAGUAUUUGUUCAGACUUUUUUUCAUUUUCUUCCUAAAAACCUGUUAUAUUAUUGUGCAUUUUAUAUAACAGAAAGUAGUGGGAUAUUAUCAAAGAAAUUUCAAUCUAAAUUCUUUUUUUAAGAAAUUUCUUAAAGUACUUUUUUCUUCAACAAGAUCAGUAGAAUUUUUUUAGGGGCAUUUAAAACUAUUUUUUAAGAUAAAAUAAAAUGUCUUAUUUUCAUUUGCUUUUAA